UUUAUCAAAAGUCAACGCCCCUCUCAUCCUUCCCCUGAAAAUUUAAGAGCAAAAAAUCAGAGAGAAAACAAAAGAAAGCAUAAUUUGCUUAUUGUCUUUUUUAUGUUAUGGGUAAUGGUGUGGGCAAGUUAAGCGUGUGUUUCACCGGCGGCGGUGGAUAUAGCGGAGAAGAAGCUCGUCCUAGAAAAGAAAUAUCCUCGUUAUUGUUGGAUCCUCUCGAUGAAGGACUCGGUCACUCUUUCUGCUACGUCAGACCCGAUCCUAGCCAACUUUAUUCAUCCAAGGUCUAUUCCGAAGAAUCCUCCACGACUUUCGGUACGAUCUCGGGAGCCUCAGUUAGCGCCAACACGUAUACGCCGCUUUCGACAGCGCUGGUGGAUCCCUACGUCUGUUACAACAGCAGCUGCUUCGAUCGAGCCGCGGCUUUCGAGAGCACCGCCUCGUUUUCAUCGAUCCCGCUGCAACCGAUUCCCAAGAAUAUGAUUAACUCUUCAGGUCCACUUUCGGGUAGCCUCGUUCCGGGUUCGGGUCCUUUAGAAAGAGGGUUCAUGUCGGGUCCGAUUGAGAGAGGGUUCAUGUCGGGUCCUCUUGAUAAUACUAAUAAUUAUAAUCGUGGUAUAUUUUCGGGUCCACUCGAUAGAGGCUUUUCCGAUCAGUUUCAAAGAAGCUUUUCUCAUGGAGCUUUUGCUUUUAAAUCCGGAACGAGAAAAGGAUCUUUAAUUCGGAUUCUCCAAAGAGCAAUCUCAAAAACCGUAUCUCGCGGCCAAAAAUCCGUAGUGGCUCCAAUCAAAGGCGUGGUUUCGGUUAAAGAAUCGGAAUGGGUAAUCGGGUCCGAUAAGAACCUGAUUCAUCAUCAAAAUGAGAACUUGACGGUCAGUAGUUUGAAUCUGAGCAGUGAAGGUAGUUUAGAUGAUGAUGAGUCAAUGGGAAGUCAAAAUAUUCAAUGGGCACAGGGGAAAGCAGGCGAGGAUCGUAUACACGUCGUGGUUUCGGAGGAAUGCAGAUGGGUUUUCGUUGGGAUCUACGAUGGAUUCAACGGCCCUGAUGCUCCUGAUUUUCUGUUAUCAAAUCUUUACUCCAAUGUUCAUAAAGAACUCAAGGGUUUGUUAUGGGAUGAUGAGCUUGAACAAGCCCCUGCAACUUCCCCUGAAGAAGAAAAACAGAGCAGGGAACCGGAGUCAACUCAGGGUUGCUCCGAUUAUGCUUGUUCCCGGUGUCUCGAGCAAGAGAACUACCCCUGUAAGAAAGAAGACAUUGAUUUCGAUUCUAAUCUGAGAUCGAAAAAGAAAAAGGGAAGGACAUCGAAGGUGAGGUAUAAGGGCAUGGCAAAUAAGUGGGAAGAGAAUCAAAGGAGGUGGAAGUGUGAAUGGGAUAGGGAAAGAUUAGAACUUGAUAGGAAAUUGAAGGAACAGUUGAAUAGAAACAAGUCUGAUAGAUCGAGUUCGAUGAUAAAUCACGGUGAUGUUUUGAAAGCUCUGUCUCGGGCUUUGAAGAAAACAGAGGAGUCUUAUUUGGAUAUUGCUGAUAAGAUGUUAAUGGAGAACCCAGAGUUGGCUUUGAUGGGUUCUUGUGUGCUUGUCAUGUUGAUGAAAGGUGAGGAUGUGUAUGUGAUGAAUGUUGGUGAUAGUAGGGCGGUUUUGGCGCAAAAGGCGGAGCCCGAUUACUGGUUGGGGAAGGUUAAACAGGAUUUGGAGAGGAUUAAUGAGGAAACAUUGCAUGAUCUUGAAGGAUUUGAUGGAGAUAAAUUUAGUUCAAUUCCUGAUUUAACUGCUUUUCAGCUUAGUGUGGAUCAUAGCACCAAUGAAAAAGAGGAAGUUCAAAGAAUAAAAAAUGAACAUCCAGAUGAUCCUUGCGCUGUGAUGAACGACCGAGUUAAAGGUUCUUUGAAGGUCACUCGAGCUUUUGGGGCUGGUUUUCUCAAACAGCCUAAAUGGAACAAUGCACUUCUAGAGAUGUUCAGAAUAGAUUACAAAGGAAAUUCUCCAUAUAUCACUUGCGUACCAUCUCUCCACCACCACAGAUUAGGCCCCAAAGACAGAUUCUUGGUAUUAUCAUCCGAUGGGCUCUAUCAAUACUUAACAAACGAGGAGGCUGUAUCUGAGGUUGAACUUUUCAUCACAUUGCAACCUGAAGGAGACCCUGCGCAGCAUCUCAUUGAAGAAGUGCUGUUCCGUGCUGCAAAGAAAGCAAGCAUGGACUUUCACGAGUUACUUGAAAUACCCCAAGGGGAUAGACGGCGGUACCAUGACGAUGUUUCUGUCAUAGUUAUUUCUUUAGAGGGAAGAAUAUGGAGAUAUUGUGUAUAAGUCAUAGAGAAAACCACAGACAGAAGACAUAGGAAAUAUGCCCCCCCCCCCCCAAAAAAAAAAACGGAACUCUGGCAUAUUGUUUUUGCCGUUUUUUCCCAAUCACCUGUGUAACAUAGCAAUGAAGCUCCUCAGAGGUUUGAGGAACGUAGUUAUGAAGAUGUAGUGGGUGGUGAGGGAAGUGUAAAGGUGUAAAAGUUGGUACAUGUUUAUUAUAAAUUGUCAUAGAAGUUGUAAUUUUGCUACUAGUAAAUGGCAAUUAUUCUUUUGGAAAAA